UGAGGAGGCAGGGCCGGGAUCCUCCUCCCGCCUCCCUCCUGCGCGUGGCUCAGACGUCAGGAGGAGCCCGAGAGGGCGAGGAGGCAGCGCCCAUCCCCGCAGCUGGCAAAGUGUCGGCGGUUGCCGGACGGGGCAAAGGAGGAAGCGUCCGGGGCGAGGCCGGGCAAAGCGGAGUAAAAAAAAAAGGCGGGGAGGCAAAAAGGUCGCGCGCGCCAUGGCCGACGUCUUCCCAACUCCGGAGCCCGGCUCGGGUCCCGACGUGGCGCGGCGCUUCGCUCGCAAAGGGGCCCUCCGCCAGAAGAACGUGCACGAGGUGAGGGACCACAAAUUCACCGCGCGCUUCUUCAAGCAGCCCACCUUUUGCAGCCACUGCACCGACUUCAUCUGGGGGUUUGGGAAACAAGGAUUUCAGUGCCAAGUUUGCUGCUUCGUGGUUCACAAGAGGUGCCAUGAAUUUGUUACCUUUUCAUGUCCUGGGGGAGACAAGGGGCCUGACACGGAUGACCCCAGAAGCAAGCACAAGUUCAAAAUCCACACAUAUGGAAGCCCAACAUUUUGUGACCAUUGUGGGUCAUUACUUUAUGGACUUAUACAUCAAGGAAUGAAAUGUGACACCUGUGAUAUGAAUGUUCACAAACAAUGUGUGAUAAAUGUCCCAAGUCUUUGUGGCAUGGAUCACACAGAAAAAAGAGGGAGGAUCUAUUUGAAGGCUGAAGUUACUGCUGACAAGCUAGAAGUCACAGUGCGAGAUGCAAAAAACCUAAUUCCUAUGGAUCCAAAUGGGCUUUCAGAUCCUUAUGUGAAGUUGAAACUUAUUCCUGAUCCUAAGAAUGAAAGUAAACAAAAAACAAAAACCAUUCGUUCCACUCUUAAUCCAAAUUGGAAUGAGACAUUUACAUUUAAAUUAAAACCUACAGACAAAGACAGAAGAUUAUCUGUUGAAAUCUGGGAUUGGGAUCGAACAACUAGGAAUGAUUUCAUGGGCUCUCUUUCUUUUGGAGUGUCAGAACUCAUGAAAAUGCCAGCAUGUGGAUGGUACAAACUGCUUAAUCAGGAAGAAGGCGAGUAUUACAAUGUUCCAAUACCAGAAGCCGAUGACGGUGGAAAUGUGGAACUGAGACAGAAGUUUGAG